AUGUUCAACACGAAUGUGACAAGGAUUAAGGAUUUCUUCAUCAUUGGAUUCCCUGGACUUUCACUGGACCUUUACAAACCCGUGUCAGCCCUUCUGUUUCUCCUCUACCUGGCUAUAGUUGGAGGAAAUAUUUUUAUUUUAGUGUUUGUGAAAUGUGAAAAGGCUCUUCACAAACCUACAUAUCUGAUCUUCUGCCACCUUGCAUUUACUGACUUAGCAUUUGGGACUGUAACUCUUCCAAAGAUCAUAUCAAAAUACUGGUUUGAUGACAGCAUCAUUUCAUUUUACAGCUGCUUUGCACAAAUGUAUUUUGUUCAUUCUUUAGCGACCGCUCAUUCUUUCAUCCUGAUGGUGAUGGCUCUCGAUCGUUUCAUUGCAAUUUGUGCUCCACUGCGUUACACAACUCUCUUGACAAACACCAAAGUUUCGGUUCUCUGUGGAAUGUCAUGGUUAUUGCCAGUAUUGUGGAUGGUGGGUGUACUUUUCAAUGCUCUUACUUUGCCUUAUUGCAAUUCAAACAUAAUAAUUCAGUGCUAUUGUGACUAUAUCGCAAUUACAGCCCUCGGAUGUGAGAAUGUGCGAGAAGUGCAGGUGAUUGCGUUUGGUUUUGCCAUGUUCAGUUUGUUGGUCCCUCUUGGUUUUAUUGUAUUCUCUUAUUUUGUCAUCAUUGUCGCUGUUGGGCGUAUUUCCAGCUCUGAGGGUCGUGUCAGGACUCUGUCCACGUGCAUGCCGCAGCUCCUCAUCACGUUUCUUUAUUAUAUGCCAAGAUGCUUUGUGUACCUGGCGAAUAAUGUGGGAUUCACUUUCAGUGUUCCGGUUCGCAUUGUUGUUGUAAUGCUGUACAGUCUUUUACCUGCUGCUGUCAAUCCAAUGAUAUACUGUUUCAAAACCAAGGAUAUAAAGGAGAACUUGAAAAAGAAAUUGUUCAAUAGGAAAAUUGAUAUUCGCACUUGAUAAAAUACAAAACUAUAGAGCAAUGCGCAGUAAAUAUUUCAAAUGUGCCACAUCGCAAUGAGUUUCAGAAUUCAUUUUCAAAUUGAAGGUGAUGAAUAUUAAGCUCCUAAUCACAGAAACAACAAAGCACCUUGAGACCCUUGAGCUGCUUGUAGAGGUGACUGACCUUUUUUUGGAAAAGAAAUCGAAAGUAUUUCUAUAACACAAACAUUUGUAUACCAGACAACUUUAACUGCAAUUUGUACUUUGGUAUUUCAUUUAACUGUUUUAUUCUUGUUUCCUUGUCUUGUUAUGUUAUAUUGUUUAGCACAG